GAACAAACGAGAGUGUGCCACACUGAAGGCUGUCGCUCCCAACUACCUAGAGAUGCAUGCUGCUGAUAACAAGCAUGACGAGUACUGCUACAAGACUAGCAGCUGGAGACCUGACAAAGCUGAUAUCAGGCAUAUCCGUUCAACGAGGGCUUGAGUGGCGUUCACCAAGACUGGUCAUUUGCAAGGCAUGGCCCCAUCGAGGUUUGAGAAAUCAUGUCAUAAAGACAUAUUUAGUCCCUGGCAUUUCUGAUAUGAGCCCAAUCUCCCGUUAGCCUUGUUGUAUCUCCAAGUUCAAUGAUGCUCCUGUAAUAUCGAUGUUGUUUCCCAUGAGAUAAAGAGUUUUGUUGAUUUUGUCUCCUUUUCUUCAUGACCUUAGCUGAUUGAUCAGGUCAACUGUAAGGCACAUCUGGAAAAUAGGCAAGCUUAUAGAUUUAAUUUGGUAAAGACAAACUACCUUAAGGUACUGCUAUCCAAUAUCAAGGAGCAUGAGUUAUGAAAGAAGACUUCUACGUUGAUUGGUUAGUCCCGAGAUCGCCCAGUCUCCAAGCAUGAUUCCGAGGCGAGCGGGAGUUAUUGGUGAUGUCAGGCCCCACUCCAGCUAAGGUCAGCCCGCCGCGUCCACUGCCGUGCCACUUUCAAACAUCAUCAGCACAAGACGAGGCUUUCUUUUGUUCCCUCAUUCAUUCCUAGAACCGACUUUACUUUCGCAAUAUAUCGCCAAUAAAAUGCAAUAGAACCCGUUCUUAUCGAAGCCGCUUUCACCUUUACAACCACCGUUCUACCCGAUCGGCACGCGACCCGAGGUUGCUAUUCAACCAUGCCGUCAGAAACCCAAGAUGCACCCGGCAUAGCCGCUCUGCCUCCAACGAAACCGGCCGAUGCACCCCGACGAUGCUUCAUCUGCUUGACCGAUGAAGAUCCCUCAGAUCCCCCGGGAUCAUGGGUCGACCCCUGCGGAUGCACCCUCGAAGCCCACCAGGACUGCAUGCUUUCAUGGGUAACGGAUUGUGAACGCUCCAACAAACCUCUCCAAUGUCCAGUAUGCAAGGAUCGUAUUCAGCUGGAAGGACUGUGGGAUCCUAUCGUUGUUAUGACGGAUGCCGUUGCAAACAAGUUCACUCGCGCGAGCCCUUUCAUGUUGCUCUCGUCAGUUACACUCGGAGUGCAGUUCAGUCUCCAGAUGUAUGGCGCAUUCGCUAUGUGGGCUUUCUCAGGCCGCGAGGCUCUAGUCGACUAUGUCCUUGGUCACGAGAUCUGGGUUCAUGGAGAGGCAUCCCGGAUUUUGAUGUCUGGGGGUGAAAGACUAGGCAAUGCACUGGUUUUAACCAACGUGGGACCGGCUCUGCUGGUCGGACAGCUUAUGCCAUGGUUUGGCAACAAGAUCUUUCUCUCCACAGCUUCACUGUAUGGCGUUUAUCAAGUCAUGCAUGACGAUGCUUUCUUGACUUGGCCUCCAUCACCCCAACUCGCGAUGGCAGUGUUUCCGUACGUGCGGUCUGCCUACCUUAAUCUCUGGCGCGAAUUUGUCUUCCCUUCUGUAGUCAACCUCAAUCGACAGAUCAUGGGGCUCCCCCCAGUCGAACCCCGACGAGAUCAGCCUCCUGCCAACGAGCGACAACCCGAACAGCGGAACGGAGAGGGCGGUGUUGUGGGUUUUCUCAAUGGGCUCAUUGAAGCUCUCGAAGGCGAUGACAUCGAUGAGGAUGGCCAGGAUGAUGAUGGCGCCGGCGGUCAAGACGCGGAUGGUGAGCAGGGCGGAGGAGUUGUUAUCGAACUGGUCAUAGAGGAGGUUGAUCGAGAUGACCAAGAAGGCUUUGAUGUUGAGCCAGCAGGACAAAACGAAAUGGCUCCACAGGGACCAGUCGACGAUGUACCUGUGCCGCGUCCGACGGGUGAGGAGGCUCAAGGGGCAGCAGAUGAGCCUCGCAACCCAGCCCGUGUUCCUGAAGAACCAGCCCAGGGUGCAGAUGCCGUCCCAGCUGUUGUACCCGAUGCAGGAAAUGGAGAUCAAGCUGCUCGACAAAACCAGCACGAAGCCCCCCAAGCGCCGCCCGCCCGCCGACCGGGUCUAGGAACGAUUCUAUCCGGAGUAUCUAAUGCCAUAGUAAGCGCACUUAUCCUUCCUGGUGUGUCGUUUGCCAUGGGUGAGGUUUUACGCCUAGCCCUACCUAAACAAUGGACUGCUGCAUCUUCCUUUCCACGGGGAAGCACUAUGCGUCCAGGACUGCUCCAGCAACAAUGGGGGCGAAGUCUCGUCGGCGGGUGUCUCUACGUUGUACUCAAAGAUUUUCUUAGACUGUAUACCAAGUACCGCAAGGUAGCUGCUAUAGGUAAUAGGAAGGUCAAGAAUGUUGACAGAGCCCGACGGCGAGCUGGGAAAUGAGAAGCUCGAGAUGGGUAAUGCCCGCUCUGGAGAGAGGGGGGAUGGACGCUGUCAUAAUGAUUGCAUUAAACGGCGUUAUGGAUUUGUAUAGCCAGGCCAGGGCUUUUGCUUCGGGAGUGAAGGGGCAUUGCUAUAGCGAGAUACUACAGAGAUACACCAGAAUAAACAAACCAUUCAACUCUUGAAGCUACGGAUGCAUUUAGAUUCACA